AUGGCAGACAUAAUCAGCAUAUUGCAAAACCCCAUACCUCUCUAUCUACUGGGAGUCAUCCCGGCUCUCUUUGUGGCCGGAGAUGCUCCUUUUUCGACUCUCACCUCGAAAUUUCUGCAAAUAUUGGUGUGCCUCGGUUGCCCGUUUACGACACUUUUUUACUUCGUCCACGUUAAAUCUGGUGUAGAUGAUGAUGGAGUAGAAGUAAUUCCAGACAAUGCAGCCUAUUGGCCACCAAAGGAUAAAUUUCAAUUCCGUGUUCCAAAUCGCCCAGAAAAUAACAUUGUGAAUAUGUGGCCAUUUGGAUCUAAUGUUAAAAGCCUUGACUUUGCCGAUGUUCCCAUCAUUAAAACACGUCUCAAGGAAUGCGUGACACAUAUUUCAUUUCUGGACUACUUUACCUGCAUUUUGGCAGGUUAUUUUAUCCUUGUCGGUAUUAUUAUCGGUAUAUAUCGAGCGGUUGGGCCAUGUCAAGAACAAGACUGGCCAGCGAUACCGCUGUUAUUAUCAUGGACCUUACCAAUCUUAAUACUAAGAGUCCGCAAAGGAAAAGCGGUAGUCAGAGAACCCUCCGAGGCACUAAAGUUAAUCCCAGGACAUAUUACUUUAAAUGAUAUUGACGAGCGUAUAGCUCGAGAUAUUCGAGGACACGUUUUACUUACAUUGCUAAUGAGCAUUAUUGUCCAUUGGAUAGUUGUAAUUCUGACUUACUAUACAAAGCCGAUUGGCUUUGGCUGCCGUUCAAUUGGACUUACUGUAGUAGCAGUUGUUUGGAGCUGCAAUAGCCUCUUAUGCUUUGUACAUUGUUACAUAUUCAAUAACCCACCGCCAGGAGUAGAUACCGGUCCUCUUUAUUUUUGGCUAUGUACGUCGGGAUUGGGAAUAGGAGGGUUUUUUAUAUUUUUUGGUGUAAUUAGUAAUAAUCCGGACUGGUGGGUGGCGAUUUUUGGAAAAUUUUGUGACGUUUCCUCUUGUUUGGCAACGAGCGGUUGA